AUGAAAGUCUUCUUUCUUUUUGCUGUUCUCUUCUGCUUGGUCCAAACUAACUCAGGGGAUAUUCCACCUGGAAUUAGAAACACUGUCUGCCUUUUGCAACAUGGGACCUGCAGACUUUUUUUCUGUCGUUCUGGUGAGAAAAAAGGUGACAUCUGUUCUGAUCCUUGGAAUAGGUGCUGCACAACAGAGGAAGACUAAAAAGGAGAGACCAGAGAUGAGUGA